CUCCGUGGCCCCGGCUCCUCCCUCAGUGCAGCCUGUGCGUGACCACUCUGCCUCUCUCACUUCUCGUCAUCACACAAGUGUCUCGUCUCUCGUUAUCACUCAACGGCCACAGAGAGGAACCCGCAGACUUUCGCCUCACUUCAGAAAUGCCUUUCGGAGGAGGAAGCAAGUGCGGCUGCUGCCAGAAAACCGUCUACUUCGCUGAGGAAGUGCAGUGCGAGGGCAAGAGCUGGCACAAAUCCUGUUUUCUGUGCAUGGUCUGUAAGAAGAACUUGGACAGCACCACAGUGGCUGUACAUGUGGACGAGAUCUACUGCAAGUCGUGCUACGGCAAGAAAUAUGGGCCAAAGGGCUACGGCUUCGGAGGUGGAGCCGGCACGCUGAGCAUGGACACAGGAGAGGGACUUGGAAUCAAACCUGAAGAACAAACUGCUUUCCGCCCGACAAACAACCCCAACACCUCCAAGUUUGCCUCGAAAGCAGGCGGCUCAGACGUGUGUCCUCGAUGUGGCAAAACAGUGUACGCAGCGGAGAAGGUUAUCGGAGGAGGAAACUCCUGGCAUAAAGGAUGCUUUCGCUGUGCCAAGUGUGGCAAAGGGCUGGAGUCCACGACCGUCGCUGAUCGAGACGGGGAGGUCUACUGUAAAGGUUGCUACGCGAAGAACUUUGGACCCAAGGGCUUCGGCUUCGGUCAGGGUGCAGGAGCUCUGGCUCACUCCCAGUGAAGCCUGAAGCCUGGGCUCACAGGGCACCAACGUGUGGUGUGUUUCCAUAUCAUCGCUUCCAGGAUCCUUCGGUCCUGUCUGUCUUUAUUUCACUCUGCACUUUCACUCUAGCUACAGAAAGAACAACAGAGGCACAAAAGCCAAUACGAAGCUGUUUGUUCACCAGCUCUUUACUGUGUGUUGCUAUAGAACAGAGUCUAAUUUAGUAGGUUAAAAAAAAGAAACAGACUGAAAUCUAACUCGGUUUGGAUGUGCAUAUUCUGUUUAUUUACACUGAGUCUUAAAUAUUAACCCUGCUCCAUCUUAGAAUAGAAAAUGGUCAUAAAGAGACACUUACAUUGUAUUAACACAGAGUUCCUGCAGGUUUCAACAAGUUUAACAUUUUAGGAUCGUUUCAAGACCCUGUUAAAACCUUAGUGAAUGAAAUUUAAGGCCCAUGUCAAGUUAAGAUUUACAAGUUCAUCAGAUAAGAGAAAAUAUCCGUGUCCCAGAAUUACUUUAGCUUCCCUAUGAUUGAAGAUGAGGUGAAGUAGCCUCGUAGAGAAUAACCUUCGAAAUGCUACGUUUUCUCAGUAGGUCUCCAUAGGGGCCACACACACACACUUCAAUGGACGUGGUCUACAUGACCCACGAAGGAGCCGGCACCAUUACAUCUUAAAAAAUGGUCUGUCAUACCCCGAGCUUUUGUUUCUCUGGGAUGGAAGGACACUUUUGAAGGAGCCUUCAAAAUGAGACAGUAUAGUGGACUUUUCAAGAUGCCUUGGAAACCCUGUAACAGAACUGAACAAUUACUGAGUUUGACUAAUAUCUGAAAGAGUUUGUGUCUGUGAGUGGGAACAGACACGUUUCAGGAUCAACCAAUGGACCAGCAGCCUCGCGUCUUGCUUCACUCACAGAUAAAACAUAUCUGUUCCCUCCUUACUGCCUUACAUGUCAAAUAAUGUAGAUACUGUCUUAUAAUAUGCAUUGUUUCUGAGGCACAAAAUAAAUAUCUGGAAACAAACACAA